CGGGAAGCUCUCGUCUCGCUUGUCUUGAUGUUUUCAGGGGCCUCUCCAUUGCUAAAAUAUCCAACAGAUACCAACAAACACACAAGGCUAUGUUGAGGGCAUUGAAGCUCUUCCUAUUCGGUGUUCUUCUUCAAGGUGGCUACUUUCAUGGAGUAAAUUCAUUAACAUUUGGUGUUGAUGUUGAAAAAAUACGUUGGCUUGGUAUUCUGCAGAGGAUAGCUAUUGGAUACAUUACGGCUGCCUUUUGUGAAAUAUGGUGUUCACGAAUAUCAGGAAAGGAUGCCGGAGAUGGAUUUUUGAAGAAUUAUUAUCUACACGGGAUUGUCAUAUUUUCACUUUCUGCCGUAUACUUGGGGCUGUUAUAUGGUUUGUAUGUUCCAGAUUGGCAAUUCAAUGUGCAGCAGACAUCUUCAAGUUCUUCGCUUGAUGGUUAUGUUCUUAAAACAGUGCAAUGUGGCGUAAGAGGGGAUCUUGGGCCAGCAUGUAAUUCAGCUGGCAUGAUUGAUCGGUAUGUACUUGGCAUUGACCACCUAUACAAAAAACCAGCGUAUAGAAAUCUAAAGGAAUGUAGGAUAUCCAAGGAUGGAGGGGUUCCAGAUGACUCACCUUCAUGGUGUCAAGCUCCUUUUGAGCCUGAAGGAAUUUUAGGUUCCUUGAUGGCUGCUGUAGCUUGCAUUAUUGGUCUUCAGUUUGGUCACGUUCUAGUUUAUUUGGAGGGUCACAGAGAUCGGCUUUUACAUUGGUUGUCAUAUUCAGUUGCAAUUUUAUCACUUGGUUUAUUCCUCAUUUUUAUAGGGAUUCCCGUAAACAAACAAUUGUAUUCUAUGUCUUACAUGCUGCUAACAACAGGCUCAGCUGGAUUAACUUUUUGUUUCUUGUACUUACUGGUGGAUGUUUAUGGAUACAGAUUCCUGACAUUCAUCUUAGAGUGGACAGGACGGCAUUCCCUGAGCAUUUUUGUACUUGUAACAUCUAACAUUGCUAUUAUUUUCAUACAAGGGUUUUACUGGAAAGACCCUAAAGUUAACAUUGUUCAUUGGAUGAUAUCGCUCUUUGUACAAAAUUAAACAGUUUCCUUUUAAGUGAGGAUCGCACCUGACUCCCGGUACGGAGCAUGUUCAUAUGCGGCCUUGUAUUAGGGUAUGAGAGAGCAUCUCCUGUUUUUAUCCGCAUCUUCUUGUUGUAAAAGCCACAAACACGCUGUAAUUUUUGUAAUUUUCCGAGCUAAUAUUCGGCAUCGACAAAAUCUGCCAUAACGCAGUUCGACUUAUUAAUUCCGAGCGCUUGUUUGUAUC